UUCAACAAUCCUGCCUGGUGACAGUGACAAAUGCCAUUUCCCAUCAACAGUGAUUAGCAGGUUUGAAAGUAGUCGUUUCAAAGACUCAUUUCUGCUGUUUAGAACCUAAUAAAGCAGCUAGCAAGAGCACAAGUCAUCUUUCCUUUAGUAGGCCCCGUUUAAGCACGCAAAUCAGGGCGAAUUGGCAAGAGUUUCAAAUAAGAUUGAGAAACUAUACAUAUUAUGGAUGCUUCUGCUGUACCGAACGCACUAAGCCGCAAGGAGGAUGUAAUGGAGGAAGACAAAGAGUUGCAAAGGGAGCUGAAGCUUUUGGUGGAGAAAAUUACAGGAACGGAUCCCAAUCUAAUUCCACCCGCUUUAAAAAUGUUAAAAUACCUGAUCCGCACAUCUACAACUUCGAUGACUUCUGUUCCGAAGCCCUUGAAGUAUCUGAGUCCAUACUAUGCUCAAUUAAAAGAAACCCAUAAACACAUGCCUAAAGGGUUUACUAAAAGGGUACUAGCUGAUGUGAUCUCGGUACUCGCCAUGGGCACUUGUGGAGGAGAAGAAGCAAGAAAUCAGCGGGAAUGUCUCAAAUACUGCUUAAUGGGUACAGCGAAGAAUAUUGGCGAUUGGGGACACGAAUAUAUAAGUCAAUUGGAAGCCGAAAUUGUUCAGCAAUGGGGAAUGUUUCACUGUGGUUUGGUUGAUAAAAUGAUGAUGCCUCUAAUUGUCGACGUCAUCGAUUUCAACUGCCAUCACAAUGGGGAAAUUCAGGCCUGUGAUUUGCUAAUGGAAAUUGACCAAUUGGCUCUGCUUCCGAAGUUUAUUUCUCAGACGACAUAUCAGAGGAUGUGUUUUUAUUUGUUUUCCUGUGCAAAAUACGUGGACGAUGCCGAUAGACAGACAAUCAUGAAGGUGGUCUAUGGGCAAUAUUUAAAAUUUGGAGAAUACUCCAAAGCACUUGUGGUGGCCAUACUGCUAUCAAAUGAGCAACUUGUAAAAGACGUCUUUUCAAAAUGCAGCGACAAGGUUAUUCGUUAUCAGCUGGCGUUUAUUUGCGCGAGGCAUUUAUUUCCGUUGGAGCUUGAUGAAAAUAUCGACAUCUAUCUACAACUUAAUCAUGUCCUCGGCAACGGCUGGCUGAAUUUCUAUUUCCUGGCGCUAGGCAGAGAGCUGGGUGUUAUGGAAGCCAAACUUCCUGAAGAUGUCUACAAAAUCUGGCUUGAACCGGUGCCUCGAAGGUUCACGGCAAUUUUAGGCGAAAACCUCGACAGUGCCCGACAAAAUCUGGCGUCAUCCUUUGUGAACGGAUUUGUAAAUGCAGGAUUUGGAUGCGACAAACUGUUGUCUAGUAAAACAGGCAAUGAUUGGAUUUAUCGAAACAAAGACCACGCAAAGCUUAGUGCUACCGCAUCGUAUGGUCUGAUCUAUCUAUGGGAUGUGGAUGGCGGCUUAACUCCUUUAGACAAAUACCUGUACGCUAAUGAUUUGUUUAUAACAUCCGGUGCUCUUUUAGCUCUAGGAAUUGUGAACUGUAGAGUGAGGAAUGACUGUGAUCCCGCUCUUGCGCUUCUAGGAGAGUACUUAAAUAGUUCUGACGAAAUCGUGAGCAUUGGCGCUAUGUUGGGAUUAGGAAUAGCUUAUGCAGGGAGCCAAAGAAGCGAUGUGAUCAGCCAUAUCCUGCCAAUAUUCAGCUCUUCGAAAACGCCCCAGAUAUUAGCAAUUAGCAGCAUUGCCUGCGGCCUGAUCACUCUAGGCAAAAAAGGGACUGAAGUCCCAUCUACUAUAUUAAAUGCAAUGAUCGAAUUGAACUCACAAAACCCAGAUACCAUGAAAUCCAUCUACAUGCGCCUCAUGGGGCUGGGAGUGGCUUUGUGUUAUUUCGGCGCCAGGAAUGAUAUUGAUGUUCCAUUGUUGGCCAGCGAGAGUUUUCCUGAGCCGUUCAAAAGCGCCAUGGAAACCAUGCUGUAUAUGUGCUCAUACGCGGGAACAGGGAACGUUUUGAUAAUCCAAGAACUCCUAGCGACGCUCGGCGAAAAGGUUGAAAUGUCAGAAAAUGGCGAGCUCAUUGAAACAUUGCGAAAGCCGAAGGAGGGGACGAACAAAGCGAAGAAACCGGACUGGGACUGGACGAUGAGUCAAGCAAUAGCGGCGUUAGGCGUGGCUACUGUAUCAUUUGGGGAGGACAUUGGCAUGGAGAUGGUUCAGAGAAUCUUCGGUCAUAUGGGCCGAUAUGGAGAGCCAUCUAUAAGAAAAGCCGUUCCUCUAGCUAUAGCGCUUUCAUCAGUUUCCAAUCCUCAUUUACCGGUUUUAGAUGUUCUGACAAAGUACUCGCACGAUUAUGACUCUGAAGUGGCGUGCAAUUCAAUUUUUGGAAUAGGACUUAUUGGAGCUGGCACUAAUAAUGCUCGGUUAGCAGCUGGUUUACGGCAAUUAGCAGUUUACCAUACGAGGAACCCAUCUCAACUGUUCAUGGUGAGAAUAGCACAAGGAAUGGUGCAUAUGGGAAAAGGCACCGUCACCUUAAACCCAUUGCAUACAGAUAGAACGCUACUGGAUCCUGUUGGAAUGGCGGGUCUUUUGAUAACUGCAUUUAGUUUGCUAGAGCCGCAUGAAUUGAUACUACGCAAAUCCCAUUAUCUGCUUUAUUGUCUUUCGUUGUCCAUUCAGCCAAGAUGGCUUUUGACUAUAGAUGAGAAUUUAGAUGUGGUUUCUACGACUGUUCGAGUGGGACAAGCUGUGGAUGUUAUUGGGAAAGCAGGUACCCCCAAAACUAUAGCAGGUUUUCAUACGCAUACAACACCAGUACUGUUAGCGACGACUGAUAGAGCUGAACUAGCCACUGAUCAAUUCGCACAAUUUUCCCCAACUCUGGACGGAAUUUGCAUUUUGAAAAAGACAACCUGAAUCGUAACAAUAAUUUAUUUCACGCCGUAAUUGGCAAAAUAUUUGUUUUGUAAAACGUAGUAACUGUUUUGUGAAUCUGUUAAUAUUCGUGUUUUAAUGAAAAUUAAAGUAAUUUUCUAAUCA